AUGGCGCGUUGCCACUGUCGUCUGCGCAGAGUCUUGAUCUGUGUGUGUACCCCGUGCAUCAUCCUAGCGCUGUUAUGCGUCUACGUUACUGUCAUGGUAUUUACGACUUUGAACAACACCGCAACUCCAGGGGCUGGGGGUCAAGUUUAUACCAGAGACACUGCUCACUUUGUGGCCCCAGGAACUUGCAAUAAUGAAAGUUUUGCCCCAUACCCUAAAACCUUCUGGGGGUUCCACACACAUAAGGAUGCCUUUUGGAAUCAGCUCCAGCUGUCAAUAGAUCGUAGCUUCAACCCCAUCCUGCGUCCAAAAAGCUUUAAGAGGGGACAUGAAACGAGUACCUUUUAUGGGUCCCUACUGAGGCAAAGUUUCUCUGAAGUUAAAGAUAUGAACAGCACAAGCAAAAAGUUUAAAAACUUGCCACAGCAAAUUCAAGAUUUUGUGAACCACAUGCACAAGAGGGACUAUCCAAUCCUCCAUCAGCCAGUCGGAGUUUGUGGAGCUGGGGCCAAAGUUGAGAAGAAGCCCCCUUUGCUUCUUCUGGCCAUUAAGACAACUGAGUUGAAUUUUAAAAACCGGCAGGCCAUUCGAAAGACCUGGGGCCAGGCGGGAUGGAUAGCAGGACGGAAGAGGAACAGCAGCAGUGCAGAAGAAAGUGGAGGAUAUGUUCGCAGGGUUUUCCUGUUAGGCAAAGAAGACCCCGAGGAGCUGGGUGUGGAUGUUUCAAAGCUAAUACAGAUGGAGAGUGAACAGUAUGGAGAUAUUCUACAAUGGGAUUUCAAGGACACAUUUUUUAACCUCACCCUGAAAGAUGUACUGUUCUGGAGCUGGUUCUCCCGCUUCUGUCACCAAACCCAGUUUGUCUUUAAGGGAGAUGAUGAUGUUUUUGUCAACAUCCCGAAUAUGAUAACCUUCCUUGAAGACCAGCUGAAGAUGCCACAAGCAAAUAAGACCAUGAAAGAGUUCAUGGUUGGAGAAGUCAUAGGAGCAGCAAUACCCAGCCGAGCCAACCAGUCCAAGUACUUCAUCCCUGACAGCUUCUACAAAGGCCUCUAUCCUAUGUAUGCAGGUGGGGGAGGGGUUGUUUACUCAGGUCUGUUAGCCAAAAGAUUACAUAUCAUCUCUAAAAGGGUUCACCUGUUUCCUAUUGAUGACGUGUAUGUCGGGAUGUGUAUGGUUCGGCUUAACGCCUACCCUGUCCACCACCCAGCCUUUCUCACCUUCGACUUUCCAGGUAAGGAAGAACGGGAGACAUGUGCAUACCACCGGAUCCUACUGGUCCACAAACGAAGCCCCAAACAGGUAGUCAGUCUUUGGGCCACUGUGAAAAACACACAAACACAGUGCUGGAGCGUGCCCCUCAGAGAUGGAAACAGACAGAAAAGCAAACCCAAACCAACAGUCCCUCAGUAG